CCCAAACCACCUCACAGCCUUGUCUGGGGCCAUCUGAAGCUCUUCAACGACAUAAUGAGCCAGUUUCCUCCAAAUACAGCCAUAUCUACUUACUACACUGAGAUUGCCCACAAAUACGACCUAAAAGGAAUCUUCUAUCUUGAUCUUUGGCCCUUUGGCCCGUCCCAGAUGAUCCUUGUCGAUCCCGACGCCGCGGAGCUGGUCACCACUAUUGACAACUAUCCCUUGCACGACGAAGUUGCCCGCUACCUCACGCCGCUCUUGGGGGAAGAUGCCAUUGGCGCUGCAGACGGUGAAAAGUGGAAGAUGUUGCAUCAAAUCCUCGUCCCUGCAUUCCGACCAUCCAAUAUCAAGGCCGCGGCACCUAUUAUUGCAGAGCAGGUUUCCAAGCUCCUGUCUCCAGCUCUGACAGCACACGCUCAAACCGGAGAGGUCUUUUCAAUGGAGAAAUACGCAGCACAGCUUGUCUUUGGAAUUAGCAGCAUGGUUAUCCUUGGUGAUAACGUCUCCAAAGAGGAGGCCACGCACCUGCUUAAAAGCCUUAAUCAUAUUGUUGAUUAUGCAACUACCUUGACUCUCACCACAGCCGUAAAUCCUCUAACCAAAGCAAACAAAUGGUGGAAGAAACGUGCUGCCACACAGCAAAUGGAUCUAUUCCUCCAACGAUUUGUUACCAAUCGCUUCGCACAGAUAGCAGAGGGGAAGAUUGGUCGCGACGGAACAAACCUUACGAUGCUGGACACCAUCCUAUCCAAUGCUCGUGGGACACAAUGCGAGGCCCAUGAUCCCACUGCACUAAAACCUGCAUUUUUACGAAUCGUGAUUGAUAACCUCAAAGGCCUCUUGCUUGGUGGCUUUGGAACAACAGCUGAUACGUUAUGUUAUGUCUUUAUCAUGCUCGCGUUUCAUCCAACAGUAGUCACAAACCUCCGCGAGGAGCACAACAACGUUUUUGGCAGUGAUAUUGGCUCACCAAAAACCAUCCUCCAAAAGAGCCCUCACAAACUCGACGAACUUGUCUACACCACAGCCGUCAUCAAGGAAACCCUCCGUCUCUUUCCAGUGGGAUUUGGGGCUCGCAGGGCAAAGCCUGGCACAACCCUUCUUACAUACAACAACAUGCAUUACCCAACCCGUGAUCAAAUGAUCAUCCCCUGCACGCACACUAUACAUUACGACCCCGAGGUCUUCCCGCAUCCAACGACAUUCGACCCGGCGCGGUUCCUUGAUUCCACAGCCGCAAAGGUCCCCAAAGACGCAUGGCGACCCUUUGAGCGCGGUGCGCGCGCCUGCCCCGGGCGCGGCCUGGCGAUGGAUGAACUGCGAAUUAUCCUACUAUUGACCAUUCGACAUUUCGAUUUCCAGUGUGCGGGCGUUGACAGUGAGCGGUCUAUAACGGCAAGAGCGCGUCAUACGGAUAUGGACUUGGCGAUGGGGGAUCUUGCGUUCCAGGAGAUGGGCUUUUCUGCAAAGGCGAGGGGAGGGACGAUGAUGAGGGUUUCUGCUGUCCGAUUAUAG